CGGAAAACCGCCACGGCGCAUGUCAUCGGCUUCGACCCUCUGCUAAUUAACCACAAGACACAAGUACACUUACAGCCCGCUCGAUGCGGCAUUCUUCCCGUCAGUUCCACGCAGCUUGAAGCACACCCGACAUUUGAUCUGCAUCGCUCCUGUUGCCACGAGAGCCAAGCAUACUACCCGCAUCAACGCUCAGGGCUUCCUAGUUCUCAACCUCUUACUCACUUCCUGCCUCGCACCGCGAAACCCCAAGCCAUGGACCUCGACAUCGAAAUGGACGUUGAUGACGUCCAGGAUGUACCCGUGGCCGCGAUUCCGGAAGCAUACACACACGAUAUUAUCACCGGUGAAGAGCAGGAGCCCGGCGAGGUUGAUGAACCCCUUAACGACCAAGACAACACCGAAGUUUCAGAUAAAGAGGUAGUCCCAUACAAAGUCCACGUUAGAGGUCUAGACACGUUCAAUCCGGACGACGUCAAGGCAUAUCUGGCCGAGCACUACAGCACCAGCCAGCUUAGCCGAGUUGAGUGGAUCGACGACAGCUCUGCGAAUUACGUCUUCAAGUCUGAGUCGUCAGCCCAGGAAGCGCUUGUUGCUCUUGCCGCAGUCGAGAUUUCCGACCCAACUCAGCUGCCCCCACUCGAGGAGAUCCCUGCCAAAGGGUGCACACAAAAGCCUGAAGCUUUUCUGCGAAUCCGCUUCGCCGUUGUCGGGGACAAGAAGGUCGCUGGUGCUGCUGAGCGCAGCCGAUUCUAUCUUCUGCAUCCGGAAUACGACCCGGAGGAGCGUCGCAGACGUGGUGAUAUUCCCAGGGGCAAGUAUCGGGACCGAGAUGAUCGCUACCGGAGAGACAGACGAGGCGACAGACGGAGGGACACUCGCGAUGAGCAGGAUCCGGAGCCGUUUGACGCCAGUCUCUAUGACGAUGCCUCGACAGCACUACCAAAACGAGCUGGAAGACGCUCGCGCUCAAGGCGACGCUCCAUGUCAAGGGGCUCUCCCGGCACCGACCGUCCCGAUUUGUUCUUUCGGCGGAACCGGGAUAAGGAGCUUUUCCCCGAAAAAUCUUCUGGCAUCGCGCGCGGGUUACGUGAUCGGUCGGCUUCGCCGGUAAAAGAUCGUGAUGGGGAUGCCCAGAUGGACCUCGACGAGAGCGCGCGGGUUGCUGCUGCUUUGCGUAGUCGGGAGAAGGGUCGGUCAAUCAAAGAACGGCUGUCCAAAGAUAACCGCACCAAGGAGCUUUUCCCUACCAAACUAGGCUCGGUUUCUGGUGGGAAAGCACAAAUGGACCAAGUCAGCGACACAGCAGUCUUGGCAAGUGAGAGAAUCACGCCUCGGCCUGCCUCAACCGGUUCUGGCGGAUUCAGUAUUCGAGGCAUGGCCACUCAACGCGCCACCGACCAGGGCAUCGCCAUCAAAGGCACCGCGCCUACCGUGAGGGAACUGUUUCCCGAGAAAUUCGGAAACGCUGGGAAGGAGCUUUUUGCUGAGAAGCUCGAGGGCAGAGGCCGAAGGAGACAGAGGGCAGAAGACCUGUUUUACUGAUAUAUUGAACCGAAUGAGGCUUGCGGAAUCAACUUAGCUAUGGCGCCAUAUAUCGCUACUCAAAAAGGAGUUGAGGAACACACCGGAAAUACCUCGGAGCCGCCCCGCGAACCGAACCUCAUUUCACAGAGUCUCAACCGUAGUCGGCCGUUUCAUUUGGGAAAAACCUCCAGUUUAGAUGAAUCCGAGCCCGCAGCGGGGAGACUGCACGCAUACG